UUACAGGCCCAACGUCCCGAGAACACCGUCAUGCAGGCUUUGGAGUCACUCAACGACUCGCAGGUGAACGAUUUUCUCAGCGGCAAGACACCAUUGAAUCUGAGCAUGCGCCUUGGCGAUCACAUGAUGCUCAUACAACUACAAUUGAGCACCGUGAAUCCGGCAAACGGCAGCAGCUCAGCUACAGCUGGCAGCAGCUGCACUAGCGGCAGCAGCAGCUCCGCCGCGUUGCGCGCACGCUCCAGUCAGCGCAACAAUCGCUCCGCUUUGGCGGCUGGCCACAGUCACAACCACCACCAUCAUCAUCAUCACCACCAUCACCAUCAGCAGCUAGCAACAGCUGCUGGCGCCAACGCUUCCAACAACACGUCCGCUACUACAAACACAGCCGCCAGCGCGGCAGCAACCACAUCAAAUAUCGUUGUCAGCCAGCAGCAGCGCAGCAAUGGCACUACAACAGCUGCCGCACGCUUGCCGGUUAGCAGCAAUGGCACACUGAAGAGCUCCGAUCUCAGUUCGUUUCUCAGCAAGCGCGACUAUGAGAAUCUACAGAGCAUUGUGAAGAGCAUUGCCAUGUCACAGCCGGCGCGUCUGACAUCGCCGCCGCUAAGUCAAAUGUUGGCGCAACAUGUGCGUCAGUGCGCGCCCAGCAAUGUGCCCUCUUCACUGGCACAACCAGUCGCGGCCGCCGCCAAAAAUGCAGGCUUCCACAGCGCGCAUGCUGGCAACACGGCGGACAGCAGCGUCGCGGGCGCAUCAACACUGCUCGAACAGUCACCCAUCAAAUCGCUAUCGAAUCUGGUGUCAAGUCCAAUCAAAACGGCCGCCAUAAAGAGCAUUCCCAUCACGAAGAGUGGUUGCAGUGGCAACGGUAGCGCUUGUGAGAGCACAAGCGGCAGCAGCGCCGCGCUCAACAACAGCGUUAUGGAUACAGCAUGCCAGGAUCCCAUUGCCGCUAAGCUAACCUCGUGUCUGUGUACACGCCUCAAUGGCCGCACAGCCGAUAAGGGCGACAGCUGCAUGGGCACCACCACAACCAGUGGUGCGAAUAGUGGCAGUGCAUCGGCCACAUGCCCGGAGGCAAUGAUUACAGAGUGCAGCAGCGGCGCGGUAGUUGAAUCACAAACACCAACAACAACAUCAGCGUUGCAGAAGCUUGUUGCGGGAGGCAGCGGUUGCAGCACGCCCGUUGCCGCCACCUUACACAAAACGGCUAAUAAUCCCAUAACGCGCUCGAAGCAUCGCAGUCAUCACCACCACCACCAUCAUCAUCAUCACCACCACUACCAUCAUCAACAGCAGCAGCAGCUACAAGCCAAGACGCUAACGCCAUUAGUGCGCCCAAAGGCCAGCACUAGCCCACUGCCGCGUCCCAUUCCUUUGACCACGCGCAGCUUGGAGGAGAGUGGACUCGGCGCUGAUGCGGACACGAAGACACCGGGAGCAGCGCCUGUUACAGUCACUGGCGCCACAGCGACGCCGCUCACAGCUACACCAACAACAACAGCUGCAACUAGCGGCGUCGCCGUCGAAUUAGACGAUGCAGGCGUUACAGUCUCGGAUUCGCGCACGCUCGCCGAGGCCUCGCGCAAUCUCACACAAACGCUGCGCAAACUCUCGAAAGAAGUCUUCACCAACAAGAUUGAUUUAUCCAGCAGCGAGGAGGCACCGCGCAAAAGCAAUUCGGGCGCAGUUAUUGAAUCGAUGAAGAACCACGGCAAAGGUAUCUACUCCGGCACCUUCUCGGGUACACUCAAUCCAGCGCUACAGGAUCGCUAUGGGCGCCCAAAGCGUGAUAUCUCUACCGUUAUACACAUUCUCAACGACUUGUUGAGUGCCACACCGCAAUACAGCCGCGGCGCGCGCAUCAGCUUCGAGACACCAAGCGGUUCGUCCGCGUCAAGCGGCGCUUCAGGCAGCAACGGCACCGUCGUGCAUGGCAUACGCAGCAAGCAGCUCUCGCUGAAGCACCACUACCACCACCACCAGCACGCGCAGUCCUGCGUGAAAUGCCUCAAGUCGCAACAGCAGCACGGCAGCGCCAGCGCCUGCACUUACGGCGAAUGCAACGGCCACUACGCCGGCACCAAGGCAACAGCAACAACCAGCCGUGGCUGCUGCAAAGACAGCGCCGCCGCCAACACCACUAACGGCAGCAGCAACAAUGCCGCCAAUGAGCGCACCGUCUGCAAUUGCCGCUACCGCAGCAACACGGAGACCGGAGAACGCGAGGUGGAGCAAAUGUGCCAGAAAUGCACAACCGACAUGGAGAACACCAAAAUGAAGUCGAAGAUCGAUCAGCUGCGCCAGGUGAUGCUGCAGAGUAAACAGCGCCGUGAGGCGCGCAAAUUGAAGGGUGCUCCCUAUGGCGCACGCGCCGUUGGCACACCCGCCAAAACAGCAGCAGCUUUGACAUCCACCGCCACCGCCGUGGCUGCUGUCUGCGCCAAUGCCACGAACACGUCAUCAGCUAUGAAUGCAAAUGCGUCGUCCGCCGCUUUGACAAGCUCACCGCAGCUGGCGGCAGCGAGUAACAGCAACAACAACACAACAGCGCCCAGCGAGGUAUCGCCGAAUCACAUUGUGGAAGAGGUGGACACGGCUGCUUAAAUCCAUUUUAAUUGCCUGCAAUUGCUGCUAAACUAUAAUAAUAACAACAACAACAACAGCUAUAACUGUGUACAUGAGGAAACUCACCUUAAUUCACUAUUUGUCCUAACUUGUAGCAUUUAUUAGUUUAU